UUCUCCUUAUACAGAAGGGGUAGGCUUCUCAGGGCUUUAGGGGCAGGUGUAGCUGAAUCGUGGAGCUGCAUUCUGUAUCUGCCUAUCUCUCCCCACAGCCAUCAGCUUUACAGGACCACAAGAAUGGAAGCCCCACUGCUUGUCAUCUUAUGUAGCACAUUGUUGGUUGGAGCUGAAGACUGCCCGACAAAGCAGUACACCAAGAGCGGAGAGUGCUGCAGACCAUGUGGAGUUGGAGAGGGUGUCGUACAUGAAUGUGGCAUGAACCAGACUGUCUGUGAACCCUGUCUGGACAGUGUUACUUAUUCUGACACUACCAGUUACACAGAAUCCUGUAAGGCAUGUACUGAGUGCGAUGGUAACAAACGUAUGAUUGCACCCUGUGUAGAAACUGAUGAUGCCGUUUGUGCUUGUGCCUACGGAUACUACAAAAAUGAGGAGAGUGGGGAGUGUAUUCGAUGCAGGACUUGCCCCAUUGGAUAUGGUAUGAUCCUUUCCUGUUCUAUGAACCAGGACACAGUGUGUGAGAAAUGCCCCGAAUGGACAUAUUCAAAUGUGGAUAACAACAUGGACCCCUGUCUACCAUGCACUAUAUGCGAAGAUGAUGAGAUCCUGGAAGCAGAGUGUUCACUGACAUCAGACACUGUGUGCUCCGACCCAAAUCCGCGUAUUGCAUCAGUGACUCCUUUCCUGCUGGGUACAGACACCACCAUUCAGGACAGCACAGUGGUAGAUCCAGAGCUGAGCAGCACUCCUUCCGAACCUAUACAUCCACGGGGGGCAGCUGAGAACCUCAUCCCUGUCUACUGCUCUAUUUUGGCGGCUGUCAUUGCUGGACUGGUGGCGUUUAUUGUCUUCAAACGGUGGAACAGUUGUAAACAGAACAAACAAGGGGGUAACAGUCAUCCUGUAAACCAGACCCCAUCUCCUGAGGGGGAGAAGCUGCACAGUGACAGUGGCAUUUCUGUCAAUAGUGACAGUACAGCCGAACAGCCAACCGGACACAUGCAAGGGAAAAAUGACCUUCACUUAUUCAACAACCUAUCACCACAUAAACAAGAAGAGGUGGAAAAACUUCUCACUGGUUCCUUGGAUCAAACUUGGAAGUGUCUGGCUGGAGAACUCGGCUAUCAAGAUGAGCUCAUAGACUCUUUUACUAGAGAGGAGUGCCCAGUACGAGCGCUGCUUUCUGAUUGGUCCAGCAAGGACAGUGCUACUACCGAUGCUCUAUAUACAGCUCUUCGCAAAAUUCAGAGGGAGGACAUCGCCCAGAGCUUGUACAGCGACUCUACUGCUACCUCACCAGUGUAAUCAAGAUGUAGUGGGACAGAAGGUAGAUGUUUCGUGUUGAAAUAACUCAACAGAACAUCUCGCUCGAGAUGUGAAGGAAAGUUUGCCCCUCAUCCCUGAAAUCCCCAAACCUCUCCCUUUUACCCAGUAUUAACGGACAAUCCAACUGCACUGAAGCAUUAUUUUCAGUAUUGUGGUGUGUAAUCUUCUCUAUGGACCUCUCAUGUCCUGUAUCUCCAGGUUUCUCACUGUGAUGGACCAUAAGACUUUAAAAUAAGGAAUCGUGAACUGUGGAUGUUCAGACAUUGUUUUGAGAAUUGAAAGGUGCACACACCUCCCUCAUUAUUCAUUCAUUCAUUCAUUUUUUAAAUAUAUAUUCUAGAUUUUCCUUUUGUGUUAUAGGCCUUGACUAGAGACCCAUGUGGCUGCCACCCUGUAUAAUCUAUGGGAGCUUUCUGACUGUUGAUGCAGGAUCAGGGUAUUGUGGCACUAGAAUCACCAUGUUUGGAAGGUUGUGUCACACACAGCAUAUUCAACCCACAAAUUGCUUCCUAAUUUUGAUUAUUUUAAAUACUCCUUAACAUUCUUACACAUAGGGGCAGAUUCAAUUAAGUGCUGCGUCCCCACGUAUGGAGCCCCAUGACCUGCGAGGAAAAAUCUGCAUUUAAUGCACCCUCUGGGACUUAACACAUGGGGUUACCCAUAGAUUCUGGCCACUUAACGCAGAAUAUAUGGGUUAAUGCACAUUGCCAUGGGUUUACCACGCCAUGAAAAUUACUAAUAAUUAUAUAGCUCUGGGAGCAAAAGCCAGAGCUUUACUCUUGCGGUGAAAACUGUAGGUAAUAAAUUGCCCCUUCCUAUAUACAGUGAUGACAGCCAUUUUGUGGGUUCAACCAAUAGUCAUGAUAAUACUGCCUAGCAACUCACUAGGAACUGAUGACAUCAUUGAAGCAUAAGGAAAUUUGUGUCUCCCAUCUUUAGUGAAUUCUAUAUGAUAAUCUGCAUUCUAACAACCAUUGGCUGUUAUUACUACGUGUAGGUACUGGGUACAAUUAAUAUAUUAUUAUGUAUUUAGCAAAGCUUGAAUAUGUGUCACAUAUUGAGAAAUAACAUACUGUCUUCACUGGUUUCUUCACAGUAGAGAAUGUCAAACAUGCAACCAUAUAGAAACCAUACACAUACCAACUUUGGGUCACAUGCACAGAAAUGACUUCAUAUAUUCAUUAGACAUGUCAAGUUUUCCCAUAAACAGAGUCAUUCAGAUUAAUGUCUAGGAGCUACUCCUCAACUCAAAGGACCAUGUGUUAAAAAUGGGUGUACGAACGUCUGACUAGGCAUUAAGAUGCGCAUUGAAUCAUCAAUACUUUAUGUCAUUUAAUAAAAAUAGUGUACAGUUCUGUUUAAAUACAUAAACAUUUUACGUGGACCAAUAUAGAUGUUUUAUACAGUAGAUGUCAAAUACAAAGCAUUUAAACGUUCAUCCAGUCACUAAUAAGUAGACCAAUAUUUGAUGUCGCCUACACAAAGCAAAUUUGUUUCACUGCCAAGUGUUAAAAUGACAAUCACCUGUAACAAGAGCUUUUACCAACAACACAAUAUACAGUCUAAGUUUACAUUUACGGUAAUAUGCAGAAUCAAUGUACAGUUCCAAUGCAAAUUUUAUUUAACCAGUUAAAAACGAACAUAUCGUUGGCAGUUUGCUAAUAUACAGUCUUGAACCCUUAUGUACAAUUUUAUUACAAGCAAAUAUGACUCAAUGUUUUGUAGACUAUGGGAUUCAUGGCUUACUUACAUACAGAUUAUUUUUGUUGCCUUUAAACUACAAGCUUCUGACAUGUUAUUAACACACUACACCAACACGUUUGUACACAAUUGUAUAUCGGUGCACAUUAGAUGCACAUGUACCAAAAAAAAAGUCACUGUCAGACACAGAAUAACUUAGUGUGAACCACAUGUAUGCAAAUUACAGCCUGGGUCUGAUAGGAAGUCCAUAGACAGCCAUCUUAACUACUUCCAGCCUGUGACACACUCAGGGAUAAAAUGGACAGAUAUAGCACGAUCUAUACAAAGAGCUGACCAGAUACUAGUGAGCAAUAUUACAGAUAACAGGGUAAUUCACUGUCUGACCUGUUAAUGAACACAGAUAUAGAGGACACUAUGGAACAUUCAUGAAAACCGGUGGAAAUUAAUAAGCCAGUUACCCGUAUCAACCAAAUAAACAUUAGAUUUUAAUUUUAUAAAAUGCACUUGAAACAAAUUGCAGUUUCUGAUUGUUGUGGGCAACAACACACAUUUUCUGGGCACAAGUUCUUAUUCAUGUUUUAUCACAGGUCAUCUGUUUUAUCAUAACACAGACUUAAAGGACUAUAGUUUUCUGUUUCAUGUUUUGGGGAAGUUGGUAACUCUUCCUGAGGAUGAAAAACAUUAAAUGUAUACAUAAUGUAGCAGCGCUACUAUCAGUCUAUAUACUGCUUGUACUGUAGUUCUAAACAUAAUGAUACUGUAAGUGAUUGUAUAGUGACAUGUAUGUUAUUGGCACAGCCAUUCAUUCAGCCGGAGCGGUAUCAUCUGUGUCACCUUUGGUUGCCUGUUGGUCGGGCAAAACAAUAGGAUAACGCAGUCAAUGUGAUUCACCAAAUAAACAUCACAUUGACACUGUGAUGGCAUAUUCAGGCAUUCCCAGUGAAACUCUGAAAAAAGGAUUGUAAUCGGAAUCACUGGCCAUUUUGUUCCCACAUAUGAAGCAAUAAUUAGAAAGUGUAAGGCCCAAUUCCCUUUACAACUGUGCUAGAAGCAACAUUAAGGGAAUCGUUGAACCAAGAGAAAAGACUAGUUGAGGGCAACCACAUGAACAAUCAGUAGAGUUACUAACAGUUAAUGAGCACUCAGUUAAUGUAUUAACUUGCCUUUUACAUUCCUACCUGUAAUAUAAAUCCCCACCACCACUAUGGGGGGAAUUCAGUUAGCCGCAGUAAAUUACCUCGGGCUAAUUGAUACCCCAGGGGCUAUUCAAUUGUCCCAAAGUCACCCCACAGGCUGUACGUAAUGGGGAUUUAAAAAACAAACAAAUUACUAAAUAGCCUAUUUUUAGUAGCCACGGCAGUGUUAACACAUAGGUCCGGGAACUUAUCCUGGAUUCUAUGGGUUAAUGCCCAAAAACAGGCAAGAGAAAGGGUCAUCAUUGAAUAGCUUGAGGCUACCCCCUUUGCCACCCCUGUUAAAUUAUUUGGGCUAAUUGAAUUCCCCCUAUUUAUUCUGCUGUAUGUAAAAUAUUGAAGUUCCCAUACGUUUGAACACUUUUUUCUUAACCUUCCAUAUAGAACGCUUCUCUAUUAAAUAUCCAUUGAUAGUUUUAGAAACCAGAGAACACAAAUUCAUGCCAUAAGUUUCCUUUAUCAGUCAAAUAUAGUUAUAGCAACAUAUAUCAUAGGCAAAUACAAUACUGGGGGCACAUUGUAAAUGGCUUCACUUUUUAAACCAACCAAUGAGAGUAAAGGAAACAGUUCCUUCGGCAGGAAGGCAAAGACGGUUGCUAUACAGUAGGUAGGUAGAAUUGUGGGUGUUUUGCUUUUGGCAAAGCCACCCUCAAGUGUUUUGGAUCCCUGUUGAAAACCCUGCUCGUAAGCUGUUUUCUUUCCCUCUGACUGGGCCAAGUAUGUGCAAAUGUAGUGUACUGGAGAUGGAUCUAAAGAUCCCCCUUCAGAUAAAAAUGCUAACUUGUAGCUCUUUGCCUGCAAUGGCUAACACCAUCUCAAGAUAUCAUAGAUAUUGGGGGAUUAGCAAAAGGUUGCUUUAUGGACAUUGAUCAUUUGGAGAUUACUGGAGCACUGGGAAGUGCUGUAUGCUGCAUUACUUAGGAGAAAUCUGUUAUAUAUACUUUCAGUUUGCUGUUGGUAAAUAAAUAGUAGGGAUAAAUAAAUCAUGGGAAAACUGCUGUCUCCAACUGGUUUUCAAGGGUGAAAAUAAAUUGCCCCUUAAUCUUGUAUUGUCAAAUGUCUUCAUCGGGCCUGGUAUUCUGGGAUAUACAUACCUAAACACUGUGGAUGUUAUACUUAUAUAAGGUACUGUGUUAAAUGCCAUGUAAAAUAAGAAAUCUGUAUCAAACAGCUCUUUUAAAAUGAAAAAUGGACGUUGAGCAUAAGCCAUAUAACUGCUUUGUAUAAUCUUUCCUACUUAUCCUGAUAAUUAAUACCCCUGAUUCCUAUGUCUUAUACUAAGUUUGUACAACCUUACAUUUCCCAAAAACAGUCCUCUGGCUCUCUCAACCAUGCAGAUUGUAAGGAAAUAUCUGAUUAAUCACACAUGUCAUUUUAGGAAUUCCUGAAAAAUAGCUCUGCUAAAUAAUAAUUUGCACUGUAAUACAAAGCUUUAGGGCUGGAUUUUUGAAUCCUUUUGCUAUAUGUAUUAUUCUGCUUCAACUGAAAAUUGGGCACUAGAGGAGGUGCAUUGAGAGUUCCCAAAGCUAAUCAGCAAAGGUUCCGAAUGUUGUCUGAAAUAUUUGUAGCUUCUGGUGGUAAACAUUUAAAGAUCAUUAAAAUAAGCAAAGGGAGCAUUCAAUUGAUUGAUCUGCCUGAUUCUGAAGUUACAAUCAGCGGUAUCAGCCAAAGCACUUAGCCAGAGGUCAUAACCUUUCCCACCCAAUCUGCAAGGUCAGAGGUCAUGUGGAAGGCCUAAUUAAUUACCAUUAUUUAAAAUGACAAAUAAUGUGCCUUUAUUUUACUGUAUAUAUAUUGUUUUCUGUAACAAAUCCUAAUUGCAACAUUUUUGCUAUUUUAAAAAAAAUAAUUUUUUAGAGCACUUUUUAUAUAAAUAUAUAAAAAUGUUGGAUUUUCUUUUUUUGUUAAUAUUUUUGUUAUUGUUCGGCCGUUUUCUGCGUUGGUUUUGUUAAACUGUAAAUAUUUGAUGUUUUAUUCUGUGAUAAACCUGUACCCUCGCUUCCCUACCACCAACCCCAUGUAAAAUAAUUUGACUGACAAUUACAGUGAACAUUAUAAUUAUUACAGAACAAA